CUUUCCACUUUCUCUGUCUUGUUAUUGCUUUUAGUUGCACUAUGCGGGAGUAAGGAUAGGUUUGGAAUAUGUCGAUUCCAUGUUUUUUUUUUAUGUACUAGGUUGUGUGAAAUGUGAAAGAAAAGAAUGAAACUAAAGGAUUUAAUUUGAGACAGUCGUAAUGUUUGUCAGUUACUGGAUUUAAAACUGGGUUUGCUUGUAUGUUCAUCGCUUGAAAAAACAAGAUUUCCAUCUUCCGUAAGAGCAGAUAAUAUUAGAAACAUGGGGUUUUCCACUGACCUUCAGGAUGCAUUUUCUCACGAAGCUCUUGUUGGAUUACAAGAUGCAGAACUGAAACUGUUAGAAAAUAUGAAAAAGUGUGUCUUGUUGCGUGCAAAGUGUGACAGAGAUUAUGCAUCUGCUUUGACGAUGGUAAGCCUUCAGGCCCAGAAACUUGAUCAAUCGAAAGAAUUGGAAGGGAGUUCUAUUGCCAGAGCUUGGUAUGCAAUAGCUGAAGAAAUGGACACCAUGAGUAAAAUCAUUCGAAGAAAUGCAGAUUGUUUAACAUCUUCAACUGUGGAAUCUAUAAACAGUUUGAUAUCUGAAAAAAGAGCUUUAAAAAAACAUUAUGUUGAAGAGCAUGAUGCACUCAAUCGAGAGUUAACAAGGUUACAACAUACAGUAGAUUCUAUGAAGACUGAAUAUGAAAAGUAUUUAGAAUUGUGGAAGGAUGCUAAAUCUAAAUAUGAAGAUCAAUAUAUUAAAGGCAAAGGAGUGAAAAAAGUAGAAGAUGCAAAGGAACGCUAUCAAAAAGUGGGUCGAAAAUUGCAUAAUUUACAUAAUGAUUUAAUUCUUACUCUUUGUGAAGCUUCAGAAUAUGAAAGGCAUUUCAGAACUACUCUUUUGCCUGGUCUCUUGUAUUAUCAACAGAUUGUUAUGGAGGACUCUGCUGAAACAUGGAAAUCAAUUUUGCAUGAGUUUUUUGAAUUUAUUGAUCCAACUUCUGACCAAUUUCAAGCUGUGCAUACAAGAAUAAGUAAGAGUAUUGAAGUCAUUGAUAGUGAAGAUGAAUACAAUGAUUUCAUUCGAAAAAACAGGACAGAGCCCUUGCUUCCCAUGGAAUUCAAAUAUGAUACAUCUUUGCUAAGGGAUAUUACAGGACCUCUUAGACCAAAUGAACUUAUAGCUGAUGAAUAUACUACAGAUGCUCUUCUUGAGAAGAAAAAAGAUCUAGAAUUAAAACUUAGCAAAUGUGAGAAAGAUCUGUUGCGCAAACAAGAGGAUUUGCAGCAGUAUGAAGAUGAAAUAAAACUUUCUCAAUUUGAUGAACGAGACUGCUCAAACUUAAGAGUUAAAAAACGUGCUGUUGAUAUAUUAGUUAAAGAUCUUAGUCAUUUACAAUGCAUUGAACAUAUCUUAAAUGUUCAACUUCACCUUGUCAAUUUUGCUUUGUCAUAUAUUGGCCAAGAAGGUCCUUCCUUAUCUUCUGAAUUAAAUGACUUAAGAGCUUCUCAAAACUGUGCCAAUGAACAAAAAGAAGAUUCAAAUCAAACCUUAAGCAAGAAAUCAAAAUUUAUAAUGGAGAAACUCAAGCAACCGUUCUUCACAUUAAAGCAAAAGCAUGCUACAUCUUGCCCUCCUUCUCCUCCAAAUAAAGAUUUCUUAGAUAAUGUUGUGGAAAGUGAAAAAAUUACAUAUAGGAGAGAGAUCAAAGAUACAAGUUAUCAGUCUGAAGAUUGGUUUCAUGGAGUGUUGCCUCGUGAAGAAGUUGUCAGGCUUUUAGUUAAUGAAGGGGAUUUUCUUGUUAGGGAAACAAUUCGAAAUGACACCAAACAGCUGGUUUUGUCUGUCUGUUCUCAAGGUUAUAAACACUUCAUUGUACAUAUGACAAGUGACCGAAAAUACAGAUUUGAAGGACCUAGUUUUUCUACCAUUCAAGAAUUAAUCAUGCAUCAGUUUCAAUCUGGUCUGCCAGUCACCAUGAAAUCUGGAGCCGUUUUAAAACGACCAAUACCUCGUGAAAGAUGGGAAUUGAACAACGAUGAUGUUGAUCUGAUUGAAAAAAUAGGAGCUGUAAGUUUUUAA